CUAAUUUGAUAAUACUUAUGUAGGUUGGUUUUGUUGAUUAAAGAAUGGUUAUGGCGAGUGUGUUCAACUAAUAACAUCGGUCGUCAAAUGUUUUCGAUGAAUCCGUUGAAACGGUUCACAAAACCUGACUGAAUCAUGAAUCAAUCGGUCCGAGCAGUUCUCGAGUUAAGUGGCUGGAUUCGGCAUAGCAUACAAACUUUCCAUCCAAUCUUUCUGCACAAUGCAUGUAUUCCGAGCACACAUCUUACUGUUUUUCUGCCAAAUAUAAAGGCAAUGCAGCAGAAAUGGAAAUUUCUGAUUUGACUUUUUAGCUCAUAUGUAACUUAUACGAAACAUUGGUUUAAAUAAACCAGCAAAAAUAAGAUAUAUGGGCUAUAUAAAUUGUGAACUAUUGUGUAUUGUCAAUGCAAAUUAUAUGUAGUUAUGUGUCGUCGCGAUGUCAGAGACCACGUGAUGACGCGAUUACGCAAUGACGUAAAAUAACGGCUGAAUAUAACAGCUUUUAAAACUUGUACUUUGAAAUGAACUGUUUCUGAAGGAAUUGUUUCCCUUGAAGAGUCGGAUCUGCCAUCACUAUAACCUCUUCUGUCUUGUUUUCUUGUGGGACAGUAAUGUACGUAUACUGCCAUCUUGUGGAUAAUGGUGCACUCACGGGAACAGAAUCUAUAAACGCUAAUUAGACUUCAUUAGUCAGACCGCAGCUGUGUUCUAAGAAACACGAUUCACCACUUAUUUUCCGCUUCGUUGCAUUAUUUGUUUAAUAAUAAACAUUCGAAUUAUUUCUAUAAAGCCUAAUACCUAAUUGAAAACAUAAAAUAUUCAAAAAUAAAUAAAUAAUACAUAUCCCAUAAUUUACAUGACAUAGUCACAUUCUCUCCCUCUCCAGUAUUUUCUUAGGCUCCUCCCCCUAGUCCUACUUCCAAGACCAUUAGUCUCACCCUCUGCACUGUAUUCUCACUCACUUCUCUGGUUGAAGGAAGGAGGCAAGGUUAUUUCAGAAAUGUUCAAUUAUCACAGGCAACUCUCUCAUUAAUGGAUGACUUCCUGAAGUCUUUGGAUAUUAAACUAUCUGCAAAUGUUCCCCGAAGGAAGGAUGCUUGAUCAGAAGACUUAAUUUUUCAGCUUGCAGCCAGGGUAAUAGGGACAUCCUGGAAGAUGGUAAACCGGACUGAAGGUUAUGUCUCAGAGCUAAUAACUCGCACCACGACUGCUUGUCUGCUUUUUAUUUUUGUGCUCUCCACCUUUCUAGGGAAUGCUCUGGUGUGCACCGCGGUGGUACGGUUCCGUCAUCUGCGCUCCAAAGUGGCGUACGUGUUUGUAGUGUCUUUGGCUGUCUCAGAUCUCUUAGUUGCCUCUCUUGUGAUGCCAUGGAAGGCAGCGGCUGAGAUUGUGGGUUUCUGGCCGUUCGGCAGUUUCUGUGAAGUAUGGAUAGCCUUUGACAUCAUGUGCUCCACCGCCUCCAUUCUUAACCUGUGCAUCAUAAGUGUGGAUCGUUACUGGGCUAUUGCUAUCCCAUUUAGCUACGAACAGAAAAUGACAAGAAGAGUGGCAUUUGUCAUGAUUGGAGUGGCAUGGACGCUUUCUGUUCUGAUCUCAUUCAUUCCCGUGCAGCUGAGUUGGCAUAAGACUCCCGGCCAUAAAGAAGACCUGGGAGGAAUGGCUGAAAAAUGCGAUGCCAGUUUAAACCGCACUUACGCUAUCACUUCAUCUCUAAUCAGCUUCUACAUCCCUGUCUCCAUAAUGAUUGUCACUUACACACGAAUCUUUCUCAUUGCGCAAAGGCAGAUCCGAAGGAUAUCGAUGCAAGAGUGCACCAUUAAACAUGUGCAGUCCUGCCAAAGCUGCAAUAAAGCUCCUGAAGAGAAGUUAAAAAGCUCAUUUAGGAGGGAAACCAAAGUCCUGAAAACUUUGUCGAUGAUCAUGGGUGUGUUUGUCUGCUGUUGGCUCCCUUUCUUCAUUCUCAACUGCAUGGUGCCAUUUUGCGACCCUGGCCUCCACAAUGCCGGGCAGAUCCCAUGUGUCAAUAAGACAACCUUUGACGUGUUUGUUUGGUGUGGGUGGGCGAACUCUACCUUGAAUCCUGUAGUUUAUGCCUUUAAUGCAGAAUUCCGCAAAGCAUUCUCCAGUCUCUUGGGAUGUGGGAAGUUGUGCUCUCAGAAUACAGUUCAAACGGUUGACUUCAGCAACGAGCUGGUGUCGUAUCAUCGCGACUCCACGAACCUUCGAGACGCUCACCUCUUUGGUCACCCCUGUCUGCAUCCGCACGUUGUCAGGGAGGGAAGUGACAAAGACAUGUGCUUUGAUACAGUGUCACAGAUGGCUGAAGUCCCUUAUGAGACUGAAUGUAACUUUGUAUAUGGGGAAAGGCCUCCUAUGCUAGAACAUGGAGAAACAGAAUUAUCCUUGGAUAAAAUCAUACCAUUUACGAAAGCAGACGAGUUAGUGUCUCUUGAACAUGUAGUUCAUAAUGAAGGCGAAUCUCCUAGUAUCUCUGGAAUACUGUGAUCUGUAAAUAUGUUUAGGUGAACUUUGACUGAGAAUAAUUAUUUUUGUAUGUAUUAGACAAAAAUAAUUGUUGACCAUUUUGAGUGAGACAGUGACAAAUUGAAUUGGCUUAGAGAACUGAUUUUGAAUGCUGUUUCCUAAUUACUCUGCUCAUGAAUCAUUCAAAAGGUCACUCACUAUGAGAUAUACAUAAAGAUAAUAUAUAGAGCUGUACAUUUCUUUUAUCAGCUAAAGCUCAUGAUACAGUAUCAACUGUUAUUUCUACUUGAAAAUGUUUUCGGUUAACUGACUAAAUGGAGGAAAUAAUCAUGUCAUCUUGAAAUUUUUUGUUCACUUUGAACAAAAAUAAAUAACCACUGACUUUGAAAUGUCCUCUGUCCUCUCUUAAAAGUAAAAGGCACUGACAGACUGACAGAUUUUUAUUUAUUUUUUUAUUUAAGCAUGACAUAUGAGAGUUCAUGCAACCAUCUUGAGAAUUACUUAAUUACUUAAUCUGUCUGGCAACUCUUUUGUCCAAACAAAGCUUCUGUUCAUUGAAUUGAUUUGUUCAC